AUGCCGAAGCCACGGACAAAGCGAGGUGCCGACCGUGAAGAGCGGAAGCGCAAGAGAAGAGGCGAAGGAGAAGCCAACGAUGCCAAUCACGAGAAGAAACGCCAGCGCACCGACGACGAAUCGCACCAAGGCGACCAUCAGGACUACUCAACCCAAGAGUACCCAGAGUACCAACAACCACAACCUGGUCCUGGGGCUACCGAGUUCUUCGGCAUGCUGGCUGACGAAGAACAAGAAUACUUCAGGCGGGCCGACGAAAUGCUCGAAUUGAACCAGUUCCCUACCGCGGAGGACCGAGACUUGUUCCUAGAGAGCGUGUUCAAGGAAAUACAGGGCAAGGAGCUCAAGGUCGCAAGCAGCCAGUCGUGCUCGCGGCUGAUGGAGCGCCUCAUCCAACUGUCAAGCACCACGCAGAAGAAAAACAUGUUCAAUGCCUUCGGCGGCCAUUUCCUGUCCCUGGUGCAGCACCGAUUCGCCAGCCACUGCUGCGAGACGCUCUUCCUACGAUCCGCGGGUGUCGUGACGCAGGAGCUUGCUGGCUUCACCAUGGACACCAAAGGCGCCAGCGCCAACCAACACCAGCCCGAAGCAUCCAUGGAGGAGCUGUUCCUGGCGACGCUAGAUGAAUUGGAAGGAAACCUGAAUUUUCUCAUCAUCGAUCGCUUUGCGUCACACACUAUGCGGGUUCUGCUCCUGGUGCUAUCGGGUCGGCCCCUGGACGAUGUCUCGGUCAAGACACUCAUGAAGAGCAAGAAGAAGGAGAACAUCUCAGUUGCUGGCUCGGCGGCAGCCAAUGAACAAAACAAGGGGCUCCGGGCUGUGCCAGGCUCGUUUGCGCUCGCAGUGCAGAAGAUCAUAGCCGACUCGACGGCCGGGCUCGAUUCUACGGGUCUCCGUGUCCUCGCAAGGCACCCUGUUGGUAACCCAACGCUGCAGCUCCUCCUCGAGCUGGACAUGACCUUCAACAAGACGGACACGAAGUCGUUGGAGCCGUCAGAGUCGGAGCUCCGGUCCGCACCGCCCACUCUCCUCCAACUCCUCCUCCCCGGCGCCCCAAAAUCCCUCUCCGACCCGGCCUCGGAAGCAUCCGAGUUCAUCAACGGCAUGAUCUACGACCAAAUCGGCUCCCGCCUCCUCGAGACCCUCGUCGCCCACUGUCCCGGCAAGAUCUUCAAACAGCUCAACCACAACUUCUUCCUGCCCCGGAUAGAGGGCUAUGUGCGCAACGACAUCAGCUGCUAUCCCGCCAUAAAGGUGCUCAACCGCAUCGGCAAGGAUGAUCUCGUCACGGCCGCAGACAAGAUCGCCCCCACGGUACCACAACUCGUUUCCAAAACAAGAUACAACGUACUCCGGGCCCUCUUCGAACGCUGCUCCGCGCGCGGCAUCAACGACCGAGUCAAGAAACUCACGAGGGGCCUGAAGGAAGGCUGCGGCUCCCAGCCCGCCGACCUGGUCACCACCCUCUGCCACCUCUCAGAACCUGCCAAACCAAAGGACGAGGUCACCCGAGCGGAAUACGCCGUGCAGUCCCACGGCGCAAACCUGCUCACCAGUCUCCUGUCCAUCCCAGGGCCCCUCAAAGCCGUCCACGAGUCCAUCCUCGCCCUCCCGGCUCCCCAGCUCGUGCGCCUCGCCACAACCUCCAUGCCAACCGUCACGCUCCUCACAACGGCCCUCUCGACGCCCUCCCAAAACUCCGUGUUCCAGAAAUCCCUCGUGGCCACCCUCUCCCCCCACACCGCCGAGCUGUCCACCUCCCAAUUCGGCCACAACCUCAUCAACGCCAUCGCCGAGGUCCCCAGCAAAGGCAAAGACCUGAGCAUUCCCUUGCACGUCAAGGAAUCCACCAUGCAGCGCCUCGAAGCCCAGGAAACCGAGCUGCGGGCGACCUGGAUGGGCAGAAGCGUAUGGCGUACCUGGAAGGGCGACAUGUGGAAGACAAGAAGGGGCGACUGGAAGACGUGGAUGAGGGAUAUUGACGCCCGGGCCGCGCAGCCCGCCGCCCUCACAGACGCCCGCGGCGAGGGGCCCAUGCUCGACCCUACACCGAAGCACACGAAGAAGGCGCGAGGAUGA